GCGAAGCUCAAAGCUCAACGGCAUUGCGAGACUUGAAAACGGUGUUGUCUGGCUAAAAACGAUACCGCGAGAAGUAUCAACAAUGCUUUGGUAAGCGAUGUCAUUUAGUUAAAAACCAUAUCGGGUAAGUGUCUGGUACAAGGGCCGCCAAAGUCCAACUAAAAUUCAAAGUCGUCCCGUUUUAAUUAAUUAAUUGAUAUUUUUAAUGAUUAUUUUGGACGGUGUCGUUUAGUUGAAAACGAUGUCGCAAGGCCAAAACAACAUCGAGGAGCUGAACGACGUCGUGAGUUUGACGGUGUUGCAAGUUGAGCAUUGCCGUAAAUGGGUUCAACGACGUCAUUAUGAAAACUUUGUUGGUGGAGGCGUAAACGGCGUCGCAGGCUCAUAAAAAUAACAAAGCUUCUUGCACGUGAGAUUAGGGAGUAAAGAGAAGAUCAAAGCGGUUGAUGACUACAACACCGUGGAGAAGAGUGAAGACACGUGGGAGUUCACGACGGAGCAGUUGAGGAAGCGGUUUCAUGGAGCGUGAAGACUACGAAGAUGCUUUUCGAAUAAAAGUUGCGAAGCAAAGAGAGAGAAAGGGACAACCACAAAUCAAAACAGAAACACAUCUGCCGAACUUACCUUUUUCUAUGUAACUCCUUCGCGGAGCUCUCCUUACAGGAAGGAUCUCCAUAGUCGUAGUCGCGGAGCUCUCCACAAGAAUCUCCAUAGGAGUAGUUGUAGCGUAGAUUCCACCAAAAAUCUCAAACACCCUCGUUGGCACAUUGUUUGUAGAGGUGUGAACCGUAAUAACGGUCGUUCUUGGUUAGAAGUCAUAGGUGCAUCGAUCAAAUCAACACCGCCCAGCGAUGGAUAUUUGACGAUCGUAGUCAGAGUUGCACCGAUCAAAUCAACACCGCCUGGCGGUGGAUAUUUGAUGGUUGUCUCGAUUUCAUUAAUCAGCGGUGCAUUCGAUCAAACGACACCGCAAGAGUUUUCACAUCGAAACAAUCAAAUCAACACCGCUUGAAACAGAUUCGGCACCGGCGGUGGAUAUUUGGUUUCGCAGGAAACAAAUUUGGCACACCCGGUGGGAUACGUGUGUUUGAUGUGAAUACGGCUCCGCAUCGAGAAAAACAAGAUCGUGAUCUUCCACAAGUACCUGUAGAGGAGGAGGCGCCCGACAUUGAAGUUGGUCAGGCGAACGAGGCAGAUAGACGUACUCAAGGGAUGGAGGAGCUGCUACAUGCUGAAAUCCUGUAUCUACGUCAAUCCAUGGAUGAGUUUGGCCAAUCCAUAAAGGAGUUUCACCAAGAGGUAAAUCUCCAAUUUGAUAAUCUUGAAAAGAAAAUGGAUAAAUUUGAAAAAGACAUAGAUCGAUGGUGUGAUAAGUUGGAUAAUUGUUUUCUGAUUUUAAUAUGUCAAUAUGUAAAGCCACGCAUGAUUUAGAAAAUCAAUCACGUGUGAGUAGCGAGCAAGUGUAUUAUCCGUCAAUUUCUGUGGAUCGAUCGCUUUUGCAGUGUCGUGACCAAAGUAAUGGUCAAUCCAACGUUGCUCAUAUCAAUAUUGAAAAAACCAACUUGCAAUGUAUGGCUGGUAGUGAAUUUAUGGGAGCCAACCGCGAACUAAUCAAUAGUGGUGGACCUGAUAGUGUCAAUCAAACUCUAUCGCCGAUUAUGGCUACAACAGUGUUGCAAGAAGCGAGCAAACCCAACGUGUCUUUUCUGGUUAACAACAUUGUUCUUAAGGACACACAAGUUGGAGAUGACUUGCAGAGUGGCAACUUGAGGAUAAGCAGUGUCGUUAAAAGUAAUAAUCUAGAUGGACAAUCUAUUCACGUGGAUGUUGAGCAUGGAAAGAUCGACUCUCAUGUGUUGUCAAAGCAACAUCGCAAUGGUAUUCAAACUAAACCGCUAGGGGGCAUGAGAUCCCACCGCAUGACCAGUUGAAAGAAAAAUAACAUUGCAAUUGGCAUACAAGUUUGCAAAAUCCACUCUGUUCUAGGAAAAUUCAGAGAAGGUUUACCACAAACACUCUGCAGUGUGAGGGUGGUAGCCACGUGAAAGAACCCAAUGCCACCAAAGUUGGCAUGAAUCAAAAUAAUUCUCCACGUAAAGUGUCCCCAAAGACUCCAUUGAGUGGACUGGGGGCAAGCUCAAUCAAACCCGACAUUGGGUUGCCACGCCAGUGUUGGUUGGGACCAAGUUUUCCAUGAUUUUUGAACGGGGCAAGUCCAAUGCUCGACAAACUCCGAACUCACGUAGGAGAUUAAAAGAUACAAAGGUGGGUGAUAGUUACAAAAAUCACAACCAUGAUAAGAAGGGCACCCACCCACGUGUUGAUGAAACUCGUAAGCACUUCAAACAACAUGGUGAGAGUGCGAAGAUGACAACACCAGACCAGCCUGGCCAAGCGAUGUCGCAUGGUCGAAUUGGCAAGACAAAGGUACCAAAAAACGUGAAUGUCUCGCCUAGUGUAAAAAAGACCGGUGAUUUCCCAUGCCAUGACCCUAUGGAUGUGGUGAAGCCAAAUCGAGCUUGUAGGAUCUCAAACAAGUAUGUUCGAUAUGGACGAGCUAAAAGUUAAAUUUUAACACCGACUUCAAAACUUAUCAAUGGCGUGUAAAGCCAGCUAUGAUGAGUCAUAGCAUUCACGGAUGGCUUGUUUGGUUUGAUCCGUGGAGUUGGCAGUGGGUGUGGACCUUUGGCAUGAUGGUUUAUGCCAAAGUCUAGUCUGUUAUUUAUUUAGGUAUUAGUAAUAAAUAAAAUAUGGCUAACUUAGGCCUCAUGAUAUAUAUGUAAAAAAAAUUAAAACAGGGUCGUUCCCGAUCCGAACAGGGUGCGAAACAGAGUGAAAAAGAAUGGUCGUUCUGGUAGCGCAACGUUGCGGAUUAUUUUGGCCAAACAACGUUGUUUGGUAGAAAAAAAACAGUAUUGUCUGAGGCAAUUGUGGCCAAAGCCAAGUUGUGUUGCUGUUUCACAACAACACUUAUGUUUCGGCUCGUUGUGGGCUUCUUGCAACAAUGCAGGCAAGGAGGAAAAAUGUAAAACACUGUCGUUUGGCCUAGGCAACGCAGCGAUAGUCUACAAAAGCAAUGUUGUUAUGGGCCAAGGCAACCCUGCAGCAGCCGCAAACAAGGCUACUAGAAAUUUGGCCAAAAUAGGACUGCGUAUGAAUCCAAGCAGAGCUGCCGAUGUUGAGAAGUUGAUUAGGGAAUAGUUUAUUCUUUUUUGGAUUUGCCGCACAGCGAGCAAGAUUAUUUAAAGCCAAAAUUAAUUGGCUUGUUGUUAAAAAAAAUGUUGUGAUGUGAAAGGCAUGUCGUAUUUUCUAAACAGCAUUGCAGUGCUGCAAUGACGUGGUUAGGAUCCCAAGGCUGCAGCGAGAAAAAAAGCCAAGUCUGUUGGUUUUAUUUUAUAAAUGAAGAAAAAAUAAAACGCUAGUGUUUAUGGAAAACAAUGGUGUUUGCCGCUCAACCUUACGGACAAAGAAACUAACCCUCUGUUUCCGAAGGAAGGGAGAAAAAGGAGGGGAGGUGAAGGAAAAUUAGGAGGAGAGGAGAGAUUUGGAGGUGAAGGAAAUUGGAAGGAAAAUGGUGUUUUAUGGAAAAAAGUGAGAAGGAAAAUGUGUAUUGGGAAUUGUGAUGGAUAUGUUAUUUUAUUGGGUAUAUAAUAGUAAAAUAAUUUGAUUAUAUGUUGAUAUUAUUUUCAUUGGUUAUGAAUUGUGAAUUAAAUUUGUACUUUCUUACUAAUUUUGUUCACUAUUAAAAAUCAAAAGUAGAUGACUUUAAUUUUUUUUUGUGAACCUAUUGUUAAAAUUUUGUCUCUAUUUUAUUGAUUCGUCGACAUAGCAACUAAAAACGGAAACACAAAACAAAUCACAUUCAUUCUA